AUGGCGACCAAAUACAACGCCCAAACCACCGGUUCCGAGCUCGUGCAAGAACUCGCCGACCACAUCAGAGGCAAAGUCAUCCUGACGACCGGCGUUUCGCCCGGCGGCCUCGGUGCUCACUUUGUUGAGGCCGUCGCGGUCGCAAAACCGGCCCUUCUAAUCCUCACCGGCCGCAACCCUGCCAAAGUCCAGCAGACGGCGAAUGUCCUCGCCGAGUCCCACCCAAGCGUCAAGACUCGCAUCCUCGCGCUCGACCUGGGCUCGCUGGCAGCUGUCCGGAAGGCGGCCGCAGAGGUGAACUCCUGGGACGACGUACCUGCCAUCGAUGUUCUUAUCAACAACGCGGGCAUCAUGGCGGUCGAUUACGCUGUCUCUCCCGACGGCUUCGAAAGCCACUUUGCGACCAACCACCUCGGCCAUUUCCUGUUUACCAACCUGAUUAUGGGGAAGAUUUUGGCAGCUGGCAAGCCGAGGGUGGUGAAUGUGAGCAGUGAUGGGCAUCGGUUGAGCCCAGUGAGGUUUGAUGAUCUGGACUUCCACAGAGGCGAAUAUUACAACAAGUGGCGUGCAUAUGGACAGUCGAAGACGGCAAACAUGCUGAUGGCUCUCUCCCUGGCUGAGAAGCUCAAGUCCAAGGGCUUGCGAGCAUACAGCCUGCAUCCUGGCGUCAUCGGCACAAAUCUGGGAGGCCAUCUGGAUUGGGACGUUGAUAUAGCCUCCUUGCACGAGUCAGAUAGAGUGCUGGGAAACAAGGAGGGCUGGAGGGAGUUCCAAUUCAAGAGCCCCGACCGCGGCAUCGCCACUCACGUAUUCGCCGCUUUUCACCCUAGCCUAGAAGACCACAACGGUGCCUACCUUCAGGACGCCCAUGUUGCCGAUCCAUGGACCGAGACAGUGAAGCCAUGGGGGACAAGCCCGAUCGAGGCUGAGAGACUGUGGAGACUGAGCGAGAAGUUGGUUGGAGAACAGUUUCUCUACUAA